AUGUUAUGUCUUUACUUGCAGUUGGCAUACCUGAAAGAAAUAGCAGAGUUCCUGGGCAUACCUGCCACCAAUCCCCAGCGAUUUGUCUCCCAUCGCUGGUUGUCAGCUUAUGAUGUAGCGAUCAACACUAAAAGAAUGUUACCUGUGUUCAAAGUGCUCUACUUUGGAUUUAUGGGAAAGCAGGAUCAAGAACUGUACAACGAAAUAUUGGAGGACCUGUACAGAGAUCAUGGUGUGAGUGACAAGGCUCAGCGAAGGGUUCGAUUUAUUCACCAGGAUCUCUGCAAGAAGGGAAUGACUGAUUUUGGGAAGAAAAGGAAGGCCAGAAUUGUAAAGAAGAUUUGGGUGGAAAACCAAAAAGUGGACCUUAAUCUUAGUGUGUACCUUGGUGUCCUCCCAAUUUUGAAGGAAUACGUGAUGGUCUUUCAAGGAAGUAAAACUUUGGUUCACAAGCUUCAUGACAAGCAACUUGAAGUGUUCAUCGACUUUCUUGCCUGCUUCAUCAAGCCCGAGCAUCUGAAGAUGUCGGCAAACAAAUUGCUAGAAUUGGACUUGGCCAAUAAUAAACUUCACUCCCAGAUUUAUGUGGGGAAAGUCGCAGAAGACCUGAUUGCAGCCCAUCCAAAGCAUCCGGUAAUCAUAGAUUUUAUUGAGAAAGUGACCAAGGCAUACACAACUUGUGGCAAGUACAUGCAGAGUAAACUACCUCUCAAAAGUAAGACCCUACAGGCCUUGUCCUCCAUUGAUCCAGUGGUGAGGGGCCAUUCCCAGGCUGUUACUCAGCUUAAGGAGUUGGCUAGGAUAAUGAAACAUUUAGUGGCUGAAGAGAGUGACAUCACCCAGGAGAUCAUUAGGUACAACGUGGACUCCAAUCUGGCCAAGUAUGAAGAUGGAGAUGAUAUUGUGAAGUGGUGGGCACAUGUCAUGAGUUUGGGGAAGUAUCCAGCUCUCAGCCAGGUUAUCAGAGGUGCCCUCUCCAUCUUUCAUGGGCCACUGGUAGAGUCCUCCUUUAGUCUAAUAGGAAAUGUAAUUGACUCUAAAAGAUCAAACAUGAAGAUCUCCACCUUUGAUGCAGUGCAGACUGUGAAAUAUGUGUUGAAGUCUAGGGGCAAGACUGGCAUUGACAUGUUCAAACCGGAGGACAUCAAGAUGGGGCCAGUUGAUACUACUCUCUGCCAGAACAUUAGGGCUGCAGGGAGAAGGGACAAGACUGACAGAGAGAAGAGGAUGAAGGCAAAGCAGAAGAGGCAGGCGGAGUAUGGCUGCAGUGCAAUGUGUGAAAGUGCCGAAAAGGCCAAGACCACUGCUCUGGCCAAAGAGAGGCAGACACGUCUCAAACAUGUUCAUCAAAAAAUGAAUGCAGCCAGACGGAAGGCACUGGAUACAUUGCAGGAGGUGGCCAGGAAGAAGAGGAAGAAUUACUAAAGCAAGAAGAAGUGCUAUAUAUUUUGAG